AUGUUGUCCUCGAAUUCUUUGCUUGCCGCGCUCUUCAGCGGUGGCACAAGCGCAGCCACUCUCUACGUAUCGCACUACUCUGGCACAAUCAACACUCUGAACUUCAACAGCAACACAUUGAAAUUGAGUAGCUCAACUGCUACCGGCAAUGGAUUACCUAGCUGGCUGACAUACGAUGACGCAGGCAAAGCGCUGUACAUUGCAGACGAGACUUUCUACGGCGCAUCGUCUGGAAACCUGGCUUCAUUUUCCGUCGAUGGAAAUGGUGCUCUCAAUGCCACUGGAAAAGGACCCACUGCACUAGGUGUCGUAGCAACAAGUCUGUAUGGCGGUACAGACGGGCGAUCCUUUAUCGCAAACGCACACUAUCAAACAUCUCAAAUCUCCACGUUCAAACUCCCACUCACCGGCGCCCAGCCCCUGCAAACACUCAAAUACACGAUGAGCGGCCCAGGCAGAAUCCCCAGCCGCCAAGAUGCACCGCAUCCCCACCACGUCUUCCCAGACCCAACAGGCGACUACCUCCUGGUGCCAGACCUCGGCGCUGAUCUGAUACGCAUUAACCGCAUCGAACGCAGUACAGGCAAGCUGACUGAAUGCGGCACUGGCAAGCCGCCCCCCGGUACAGGACCUCGCCACGGCGCAUUCUGGGGGACAGGCGCAAAUACGACGCUCUUCCUUGCGAACGAAUUGAGUAACUCGUUGAGCGGAUGGCGCGUCACGUACCCGUCGAGCUCGAGCGGGUGCAUGACACUGACGCUGAAGGACACUCUGACGCCGUAUCAAGGCAACGCGUCGGCGCCCUAUGGAACGAAGGUCGGCGAGGUGCAUGUCAAAGGCAACUUUGUGUACAUUUCAAACAGGAACGAUAAGAAGUUCAGCUCGAAUGACUCAAUCACGCAGUAUACUGUGUCUGCUAGCGGGGGGAUUAGCUGGGUGGAUAAUACGAGCAGUUAUGGCACGUAUCCGCGCACGUUUGACAUCAACCGGGCUGGGGACUUUGCUGCUGUUGGCGAUCAGACGACGAGCAAUGUGGCGAUUGUGGUGAGAGAUGUGGUGACAGGCAAGUUAGGGAGCAUGGUUGCUAGUAUGAGGAUUGGAAAUUCGGGGACGCCGGAGAACGAGGAUGGGUUGAGUGCUGUUGUGUGGGCUCAGUAG